AUGUAAUAAGUAAUUCCAGCACCCAGAGUUUAAGUAACAUAACCAUACGCAGGCUAAAAACCAGGUACUUCAGGUUUACGUAAGAAGGUGAGUGAAGCAACUUAACCAAACUAUUUAGAGAACUUUGUGCAAAGCAUUUUCAAUACAUUACGCAAAGAUGAAUUAAAGCGUAUCCAAUAAUAGUAAUUUUAUUUAGCAAGAAAUGUUCUAUUUGUUGGUGGAGAUGGAAGAUACUUUAAUAGAUAAGCUAUUUUCUAAAUAAUUCGUUUAGCUUAUGCAAAUGAUAUAAGUGAAGUACAUGUUGGUUAAGCAGGUUUAAUGUCUACUCCUGCUUCUUCACAUUAUAUUCGUAAAGUAAAUGAAGAAGUUGGAAAUUGCAUUGGAGGAAUAAUUCUCACUGCUUCUCAUAAUCCAGGUGGUAAAGAACAUGGAGAUUUUGGAAUCAAAUUUAAUGUAAGAACAGGUGCUCCUGCUCCAGAAGAUUUUACUGAUUAAAUCUAUACAGUAAUUAUAUUUAUUUAUAUAUAUUAGCAUACAACUAAAAUAAAAGAAUAUUUAACAGUAGAUUAUGAUUUCGAGAAAUAUAUAAAUUUAGAUUAAAUUGGUGUUUACAAAUUUGAAGGCACUAGAUUAGAAAAAUAACAUUUUGAAGUGAAAAUAGUUGAUACAGUUUAAGAUUAUACUUAAUUGAUGUAAAAACUUUUUGAUUUUGAUUUGCUUAAAGGAUUAUUUGCAAAUAAAGGUAAAAUUAAUUUAAUAUUAAAUAAAAAGAUUUUUCAUUUAGAUUUGAUGGAAUGCAUGGUGUAGCUGGACCUUAUGCUAAACAUAUUUUUGGAACUUUAUUAGGAUGUUCAAAGGAAUCUCUAUUGAAUUGUGAUCCAUCAGAGGAUUUUGGAGGUGGUCAUCCAGAUCCAAAUUUAACUUAUGCUCAUGAUUUAGUUGAAUUAUUAGAUAUUCAUAAGAAAAAGGAUGUAAAUACAGUUCCAUAAUUUGGAGCUGCAUGUGAUGGAGAUGCAGAUAGAAAUAUGAUAUUAGGUAAAUAAUUCUUUGUAACACCUUCUGAUUCUUUAGCAAUUUUAGCUGCUAAUGCUAAUUUAAUAUUUAAAAAUGGUUUAUUAGGAGCAGCUAGAUCAAUGCCAACUUCAGGUGCUUUAGAUAAGGUAGCUAAUAAAAAUGGAAUUAAAUUAUUUGAAACACCUACAGGUUGGAAAUUUUUUGGAAAUUUAAUGGAUGCAGGAUUAAUUAAUUUAUGUGGUGAAGAAAGUUUUGGAACAGGAUCUAAUCAUAUUAGAGAAAAAGAUGGAAUUUGGGCUGUUUUAGCAUGGUUGACUAUUUUAGCAUAUAAAAAUAAAGAUUCUGAUCAUUUUGUCACUGUUGAAGAAAUAGUUACUUAAUAUUGGUAAUAAUAUGGUAGAAACUAUUAUUCAAGAUAUGAUUAUGAAUAAGUUGAUUCAGCAGGUGCUAAUAAAAUGAUGGAACAUUUAAAAACAAAAUUCUAAUAUUUUGAAGUAUUUAUUAUAUUUUAAUAUAGUAAUUGAAAGAAGGAAAUAAAGCAGAUAUUUAUGAUUAUGUUGAUCCUGUUGAUUAAUCUGUAUCAAAAAAUCAAGGUGUAAGAUUUGUUUUUGGAGAUGGAUCUAGAAUUAUAUUUAGAUUAAGUGGUACUGGAUCUGUUGGUGCAACUAUUAGAAUAUAUUUUGAAUAAUUUGAAUAAUAGGAUAUUAAACAUGAAACAGCUACUGCUUUAGCCAAUAUUAUUAAGCUUGGAUUAGAAAUUAGUGAUAUUGCUUAAUUCACAGGAAGAAAUGAACCAACUGUCAUAACUUGAACAAUCAAAC